CCUAAAUCGACUUUUCAAAAACAAUAAUAACGGUUCUAAUCGCCUUUCUGUUCAAAAUUGAAAAUUCGGAAACCGAAGCUUAAUUUCGAAGUCGAAAAUGGCGGGCUAAACUUCUUCUCUCUUUCUUUCUCUCUCCUCACCUCACGCUUUCUUUCUCUUCUCAUGGCUUCCGUACUAGAAAAAUCCGAAGUUACGGUGCGUUCGAAAUUAUCCAUUCUUCGAAGAUUAUGCGACGAAAAAAUUGAAGCUCAUCAGCAAAAAAUCGAUUCAGUUUCAGUCUCACUCAAGAAAUUUCUGCAAUCUCACAAAUCUAAUUCUGAGUCAUCUGCUCAAAAUCAAGUUAAAUUGGGGAAACUCAAAGUUGAAUUAAGAGAAUUGGAGGAUGAAUUGGUGAGAGCAUUGUCAGUUAAGACAAGGAAAGAGGCCAAGCGAAUUGAAAUAACAGACUCUCUGUCUGAAGCAAGAGUUAAGGUGGGUGAGCUUCAGAAAAUUGUACGUGAUCAGGCAACUAGCAAAGAUGAAUAUGCAGCAAUGUUGUCUGAACAAUCAAAAGCUCUUGCUGACUCUGAAGAAAGAAGUCUAGAAGCUUUAAGGAGAAGAGAAGUAAUACAGGACACGGUCACAUGGUACAAUAAGGUUCUUGGUUUCCGUAUCAACACAGGACAAGGUGUAACUUUCUCAUUUACCAACAUCAAUAAAGAAUGUCCUAGUGAGGAGUAUUCAUUCACUAUUCGUUAUGCAAAUGAAAUUUAUACUUUGCUUGAUUGUAAGCCACACGUGAAUGGCAUUGAAGAGCUGGUCCAUGAGUUAAACAAAAGCAAUGGUUUGUUCAGAUUUGUAAAAAUUGUGAGAGAAAAAUUUCGUGUGACAUCAUUAGGGUCCAUAUCUCACUUCAUAUAUCAGGACCAAGACUGUACUAGUAUGUCUUUAUCUGCGUCAUUUUCCUAUGCUUCACCUGAUAUCAGAAGUAAAUCACCAGUUCCAUUUAGAGAAGUCAAUGGAGAUGUAAGGAAUGACAACCAUGGAAAAGGCUUCAAAUCACCACAUCUCUUCCUAUCUCCUCGACGUUCUCCACGCAUCGUGGCAAAGAAACAAAGAGAUGGUUGAAGAUGUUCACCGUGCUCAGAAAAGGGGAAAUAUAUGCAAGUUGCAAUAAGAAACAUCAACUCGACUGCUGGUUGGACACGUACAAUGUAAUGAAUGUAGUGUUAGGAAGAUGUGAUGCUGGUUAUAAAAAAGGUAUGAAAUCUAAUCCUAAGUUAGGGUAUCAGUAUAUUCUUUCAGGUGUGUUUUUGAAGAUCCAUUCAGUGUUAGGACAUCAACUUUGGCGUUAAAAGUGUUUGAUAUUUCUUUUUUACAUUGUAAAUUAUUCAAGUAUGAUUCAUUCAAUGUUACCAUUUCUUUCAUUUCAA